AUGUCCUUACAUGGCAGCUUUCUGUCCGAUGAGCAGUUCCAGUGCUCCAUCUGCCUUGAUGUAUUCGUUAAUCCUUCAUCCACACCAUGCGGCCACAGCUUCUGCAUGGCAUGCAUCAGCAGAUACUGGGAUGGCUCUAAGGUUUGCCAGUGUCCACUGUGUAAGAAGACUUUCCAGAAGCGGCCUGACCUCCAGAUCAACAGGACUCUGCGAGAGAUCACUGAGCAGUUCAAAUCCAUGAAAGGAGGUGGAGGAAUGGGAAGGGAGAAAAGGUGUCGAGGAGGUGACGUACCAAACCCCAGCCCAGUACCAAACCCCCCGUCUGGACCCCCUCCCCCACCUCCAUGUUACGGUCGCUCAAGCGGCCGGAGAAGGUUCACGGUGACAGGGGCUGCGAGCGGUGAAAGUAUUCCUAUCUGCGAGAUCCAUCACAGAGGAAUAAUGGCUCAGCUAAGUGUGUCGGAGCAGGAGAUCCGGCAUAUGAUCAGACAGAGAAUCAAGAAGAUCGAGGGGCUCAAAAAGUCAGUGGCUGAAGUGGAGUUGGCAGUUGAAGGAGACACAACGGGCAGUGUCUGCCUUUUUUCUUUGCUCGUGUCCACCAUCCAGCGCUCCCAGGCGGAGCUGAUGGAGGUGAUGGAGUUGAGCCGGAGGGCCGCUGAGCACCAGGCCGAGGUUAUGAUACGACAGCUGGAGCUGGAGGUGAAAGAACUGCGAAGCAGAGAAAAAGCCCUCGCUGAGCUCGCCCAGUUAGAUGAUGCCUUACAGGGUGUUAAGGCAUUCCCGGUCCUCUCGGAUCCUCCACCUACCAAAGACUGGUCUGAGGUUUCAGUGAACACUGACUUAGGAACCGGAACCAUUUAUAGAUCUCUGGCAGCUCAGGUGGAGAGUUUCCUGAAAGAGCUGAAGAAGGCUGCAGAAACAGGUUUUCCAGCCCCAGUCCUGGAACCCAGUUCAGUUCGCACACAGCCCAGGGUAAGAAGGAUUCAGGAGUAUGCAGUGGACGUGACCAUGGACGAUAACACUGCUCAUCCCAGACUGAUUCUGUCGGGGGACAUGAAGAGUGUGAGGUGUGGAGAUCGACACCAGCUGCUUCCAGAUAACCCGGAGAGGUUUGACAGAGUCGUCUGCGUGCUGGGGAGGCCGAUGAUCUCCUCUGGGAGACACUACUGGGAGGUGGAGGUCGGCGGGAAGACGGACUGGGAUCUAGGAGUGGCCAAACAAUCGAUCAACAGGAAGGGGAAGGUUGAAGUCACCCCAAGCAACGGAUACUGGUUCCUCAGCCUGAGAGACAAGAGUAAGUACGCCUUCCGCACUGAACCCUCCACAGACGUCCAAAUGAACCUGCAACCACAGAAGAUCGGGGUAUUUGUGGACUACGAGAAAGGACAGGUGUCUUUCUACAAUGUUGACUCCAAACUCCACAUCUACACGUUCAACGACACUUUCAGUGAAAGCAUCUUCCCAUUCUUCAGCCCCUGUACGAAUAAAUCUGGAAAGAACGAAGGGCCGCUGAUUAUUACGCGAGUAACCCUUACAGAAUGAAAAAAGAUCACCGAGUGAUUUUUUUAGUUUCUUAUUCCUUUUUUAAAACUUUCCUACGAUUACUCUGUAAAAAGAUAAACGUUUUUUUCAUUAUUGUUUUUUUACAAAUACUUGUGGUAGCCUUCUUAAAUCUCUCUGUUGCCAGUUGUUGAUGAAUGACUGUGAAGAUUUAAGUAAUACAACCAAGACUUAUUAAUGUGGUAUUGUAAAUGAUUUAAUAAAACAAUCAUAUUUU